UUUCUAAAGUUUUGGUUUUUUUUGGUUUUAUUGCUAAAAUUGUAUGCAAUGCAGUUUAGUUUUCCUGGUUAAUUUCUGGGUUUAUGAAGUUUUGGGGUUUAAGUGGAUUUUUUAACUUUUUUUUUUUUUUGGGGUUUUGGGGUCUGGGUUUUGUUUCUUGUGUUAAAAUGUUUAAUGGGUACUUUAUUAAUUUUGGCUUUGAGUAUAUUUCUGGUAAUAGAAACCCAAAAUUUGAGGGAAAAUUGUAUUUAUUACUUUCUUUUAAUUGAAGAAGAUGGGUUUAAGUUGCUUAGUAAGAUGGAAAAGGGUGAUUUUAUAUUUUUAUUUUUAUGUGGGUGAAUAACUCAAUAAUGCUUGUUUAGCAUGUGUUGUAGAAACCCAAUUGUUGAAAGCACAUUUUAUUGAUUUUAGUGAGUUUUUUUGUUAGCUAAUUUUGUGCUAGGGUUUUAGCCAAUGUUAUGAUUUAUGACUAAUUGAAACUUUGUAUUAUGCAUUAAUGUGGUAUAUUAAGAGGAUUAGUCACUUUCAUAUCCUGUUUUAGUUUGAACUUUAGCACUUCUGGGAGGCUUAUUAAAGAGCCUGAAAUUAAGAAAUUGUUUCUCUUUUACUUCACUUUGUUGGUAUGAAAGAUUUCACUUAGCUUUCUACAGUACCUGCUAAAAACUCUUGUGACAAGGGAUGCUAUAAUUUUUAUUUAUUUAUAUCCAUGCAACUGCUUGUCAAACAAGUUCGAGGCUGACUGUUGGUGUUAAGAAUUCUAGUAAUUAAGUUUGGGAGUGUUCUGGCCUCUUUGUUACCAGUAAUGUUUAGUAAUAUGUGUCAUGAUUAGAAUUUGUUCCUGAAGUUGUCUGAACUUAAGAGUUACCGGUGGUAGAAAUGGAUCAGUAUGAGGUACUAGAACAAAUCGGCAAGGGUGCCUUUGGUUCAGCCCUUCUUGUGCGACACAAACUCGAGAAAAAGAAGUAUGUCCUGAAGAAGAUCCGACUUGCUCGUCAGACUGACAGAACUCGCAGGUCUGCCCAUCAAGAGAUGGAGCUGAUUUCUAAAAUAAGGAAUCCAUUCAUCGUGGAGUAUAAAGAUUCAUGGGUGGAGAGGGGUUGCUAUGUCUGCAUUAUUAUUGGUUAUUGUGAAGGAGGUGACAUGGCAGGUGCCCUUAAGAAAGCUAACUGCACUCAUUUCUCUGAAGAGAAACUUUGCAAGUGGCUGGUUCAGCUUCUAAUGGCGCUUGAUUACUUGCAUAUGCACCAUAUUCUGCAUCGAGAUGUUAAGUUGUCAAAUAUAUUUUUGACGAAAGAGCAAGACAUUCGUCUUGGUGAUUUUGGUCUAGCUAAACUGUUAACUUCAGAUGAUCUUGCUUCGUCUGUGGUUGGAACUCCUAGCUAUAUGUGUCCUGAGCUUCUCGCUGAUAUACCUUAUGGCUCAAAGUCUGACAUCUGGUCAUUAGGCUGCUGUAUCUAUGAAAUGGCUGCUUUGAGACCCGCAUUUAAGGCCUUUGACAUGCAAGCACUGAUUAACAAAAUAAAUAGGUCGAUUGUUUCCCCGCUUCCGACUAUGUAUUCUGGUCGAUUUAGGGGUCUUGUUAAGACGAUGCUGAGGAAAAACCCUGAACUUCGGCCCAGUGCUACUGAACUGCUCAGGCAUCCUCAUCUUCAGCCAUACGUUUUCAAAAUAAAUCUAAAGUUUGGGAGCCUCAGAAGAAACACCUUACCAACAUCCUAUUAUGACAAUCCAAGGAAAACCAGAUUUCUCGAAGCGGAAGAGAUUCCAAAGCGUGUUGACAGACAGAACAGAAGAUUGUCAUACAGUAAUGACCGAACCCAGAAUCCCAGCAUUUCUGGAGCUGAACCAGACUCCCCGUAUUCUAUCAGACAGCAACAGGAAUUUUCUACUUAUAUGAAUCGAAAGCUGGAGGAAAUGUCCAUUGGUAGCUCACACAAGGAGAUAGGUGUUGAUAAGCCAAUAGUUGGCAAAGCGUCUACUGUGGCAAAAACCCCUAGGUUCUCAACGCCUUCAAAAGGUUCUUCUGCCUUCAGGAGGUUGUCAACACCCUCUAAGAUGUCCACAAAUGCAUCCAGUCGUUCAUCUCUUCCCAUGUCGCAUACUCCGACGACCAAUUAUUCGAGAUCAACACGUAGAGUUUCCCCGCCGCUUUCAGUCUCAAGCAACAAGGCAGCAGACUAUGAGACUCAAUAUAAAUCCAAGACAGGAUUUCUUCACGGUGUUGAGUCUCCUGAUGUAUCUGUCAAUGCCCCACGUAUUGACAAGAUGGCCGAGUUCCCAUUAGCAUCUUCUGAGAGCCCACUUUACCCUGUAAAUAGAACCUCAUCAACUUCUGCUCAGUGCUCUUCCACCUCCCCAAAGGCCGCUGAUCGCUCAAUGAUGAAGGACAAGUGUACAGUCCAGAUCAUAGACAGAGCCUUGGACAAGCCAAGUAUGGCCAAUGAAAUUUCAGAGCAUAAUCAAGUCAGUGGUUUAUCCAGCAAAUCAUCAUCAGACUCUAGGCAACGGCGGUUUGAUACCACCUCAUAUCAACAACGUGCUGAAGCAUUAGAAGGUUUGCUUGAGUUUAGUGCCCGACUAUUACAGCAGGGAAGACAUGAUGAGCUUAGUGUACUCCUGAAGCCGUUCGGUCCUGAAAAAGUAUCUCCAAGAGAAACUGCUAUAUGGUUAGCUAAAAGCAUCAAAGAGACUGGAACCUAGCUAUGGUACUAACUUUCUUCCACAACUAGUCCCUUGUAUAUUGGCUAGCAAUGUUAGUUUAAAAUUGUGUGAACUAGUGAAUCUAGGCCCUAGGAUCAAAAUCCUUGGAUGGGAUUUUUGAUUUGUUAAGGAGGCUUGAAGCUGUAGUUUAGAGUUGCAGCCGUUUCUAAUUUUGUUAAUCCCCGAGAUAACCAUUGCAGGUGCUACAUGCACUUGUAUAAUGUAGUAAUGUGAUUCUAACAAGUUAGUUCUUUUAAGGAUAUGGGUUCUAAGAUGUGAAUUUUCCGGAGAGUAAUGCCGUAAUGGUAUGUUAGUAUCAGUUUUUUCUUCCUCGUCUCCUUGAGAAAGAGAUGCUUCUAGAAUGGAAAGAGGUUUCUGGAAGAGUGGAAUGUAGAUUAUGCGAGUUUUACAUGUCUCUCAAUCUCAAAUGUAAUACAAUUGUUUGGAUUUUGCAUGUAAAUUUUUUGCAUAAACUUGAUACUAAAGCACAAGAUAGGGCACCGUUUCUUCUAAA